AUGGCAACCCAAUCAAUAGCAAGGCGUGCGAGGCCACAUACAGCCUUCCAAGUCCGAGGUCUAAAUCGACUCCCAUUAGCCCCCUCACAAACAAAACACCUGUGUCACUAUCAAACCCCCCGGGGCUUCUCCUCGUCAGCCAAACUCUGUCGACAGAAGCCAGAAUACAAGGACUCGUUUGGGACACGUUUACGCAGAGCCCUGGGUAAAACAAAGAUCAAAUGGUAUCCUAUCCCAGUAGGAGUAGGCAUUGGGUUCCUUGGUCUUGUUCAGUUCUACCGGAUUAAUGAGCGAGAAAAGGCCAGGCGCCAGGACGAAUGGGAAAACGAUACAUAUUUGAAGAGCAAAUGGGAGGGGGACCGGAUUAAUGGGCCUGGGUCGGAAGAAAGGCCCAAGAGGCGUGAAAGGAUAAGGCCGACUGGCCCUUGUCUCUCAGAAGUGUCAGAACCUGAUCUUCACGUAUACCCCAAUCUGGCAUCAUUUUUCUAUCGAACCCUGAAACCGGGUGUACGACCACUCGACCCUGAUUCAAACGCCCUUCUCUCUCCAGCCGACGGACGAGUUCUCCAGUUUGGCAAAAUCGAAAGCGGCGAGGUUGAACAAGUAAAGGGCAUGACUUACAGUCUGGAUGCCCUUCUAGGGACCGACAAACCAGACACUUCACCCAAUCCAAACAAUCCCUCAAGCAUAUUCGCGCCGAAGAGCGACGGUGUGCCGAAUCAAAGCACAUCAUCCUAUAGAGAAGGCAACGAAGAUGUCAUAAAGCAAGAUGAAGAAUUCGCAACAGUCAACGGUAUCAAAUACACUUUACCUAAUCUCUUAUCUGGAUCACCGCAAAAGCAAUCGGACAAAAAAACUAGUGAUGCUUCUACAACCCCAAAAGCAGCUUCAGAGGCUGAGGUUCGAGCUGACCUGGCUCUGGGCGAACGCCCUUGGUACACACGUCUCACCUCGGAGCACCAAACCGCACUCUAUUACGUUGUCGUAUAUCUUGCGCCAGGUGAUUACCAUCGUUUCCAUUCCCCAGCGGCCUGGGUUGUGGAGAAACGACGACAUUUCGCCGGAGAGCUAUAUAGUGUCUCACCUUACUUACAACGAACAAUGCCUGGAUUGUUCACGCUUAACGAGCGAGUGGUUCUUCUAGGACGAUGGCGAUGGGGUUUCUUCUCUUUCACACCAGUCGGUGCCACAAAUGUUGGCUCCAUCAAAGUCAAUUUUGAUCGAGAAUUACGCACAAAUUCUUUGACGACCGAUACGGCAGCUGAUCGAGCCGCUGAAGAAGCUGCUGCACGAGGCGAGCCAUAUAGUGGAUUUUCGGAAGCUACUUAUGAGGCUGCAAGUCCAGUAUUACAUGGUCACGCAUUGAAGAGAGGAGAAGAAAUGGGCGGUUUCCAAUUAGGAAGUACUGUUGUGCUAGUCUUUGAGGCGCCGAAAGGACAAAGACCCAGUCUUGAUGAAGGAUGGAUGGGAGAGAAGACAAAGAUGAAAGGAGGGUGGCAUUGGGCUGUUGAGAAAGGGCAGAAAGUCAAGAUGGGUGAAAAACUUGGAUGGGUGGAUGAAUCCUGA